GCCUUGACCAUGUGACACACAACAGGCUGUCUUUGCCGCGCUGCAGAACCCAGUAGGUGUGUGUGUGUGUGUCUCUCUCUCUCUCUUUUGGACAGUUCGGCCGCGGUCGAACCGAGCAGAGACAAACUCCUCGCCUGGGAGAUCAAAGAACUGAGACGAAAAACGAUGGAGCUCUCCGCCAUGGGCGACCGCGUAUUUGCCGCGGAAGCCAUAUUGAAGCGCCGCGUCCGAAAGGGAAGACUUGAAUACCUGGUGAAAUGGAAGGGAUGGGCAAUGAAGCACAGCACCUGGGAGCCAGAGGAGAAUAUUCUGGAUGACAGGCUCAUCCUCGGCUUUGAGCAAAAGGAACGAGAGAGGGAGCGUAGCGGUCCGAAAAAACGGGGGCCAAAACCCAAAAACCUCGCCACAAAGGCACGGGCGGCGAAAGGAGAACCAAGCAGCAGAUCCACAAAGUCCCACCAGACGACAUUGCGCUCCUUUUCCUCUGCUCCCAGUCGAACGGCCCCUUCCUCCUCCUCUGCCUUGCCUCAUCCUUCACCAUCCUCUUCCUCAAGUGUGGCCCCCUCCCCUAAGCUCAAUUCACUGGCCGCCACCCACAAGCUGAAGAAGGACAUCCAUCGUUGCCACCGCAUGUCCCGCCGCCCUCUGCCCCGCAUGGACCCAAUGUCCUUCUCCAGCCCUGGCGGCUUCCCGUCCCGCCCUCAUGUCUCCCCCUUCUCCGAGACCGUCCGGAUCCUCAACCGCAGGGUCAAGCCUCGCGAGGUGAAGAGGGGUCGUAUCAUCCUCAAUUUGAAGGUGAUCGACAAGCCGGGACGCGGCGGCUCGAGCAGUGGAGCCAGGAAUCUUCCAGGGGGGCGCCACAACAUCCCCUCCCGUAAUCGCAUCAUCGGGAAGAAAGGAGAGGCUCCCUACAGACCUUUCCAGCCCCCGCUGAAGAUGCUUGGCUUCCCCAUGUAUGGGAAGCCAUUUGGGCUGCAGUGCGGAGGUCCUCUGGCCUUCCAACCUCAGCCUGGGUCCUACAACACCAGGAACACGCGCCCAGCCCCCUCCCGCUAUCAGGCUUCUCCUUCUAGCUCCAGUGCCUCGGAAGGAAAAUCUCUGCCCACUGCUGCUGCAGUUGAAGUCUCCCAGUCCAGUGAGGCUCCAGAAGCCAGUAAAGGUCCUGCAGAACCCCAGAAUACCCCGCCGUCUGCCACCCCUUCAGUCUCACCUACCCCAGCAACCUCCCCGUCUUGUGUGGGAGGGGAUGAAGAGAUCCCAAACCCCUCACUGCCCCAAGAUGCGGGAGGCCAACCCCAACCCGCGAGGGUACCCGUUGAGGGGGACCCCGACUGGCACCCAGAGAUGGGACCUAGCUGCAAAGAUGUGGUGGUCACCGACGUCACCACCAACCUCGUCACUGUCACCAUCAAGGAGUUCCCUUCUCCUGCCUCAGGCCCCGCCUCCCCGGCUUCCAUCAGCGCAGAAAACUGUGCUCCUGAGGAGCCCAACAUGCCCAAGCCAUAGUAAAUUGCUUCAUAACACCACUGGUGUUUAAAAAAAAAAUGUGCCCUUUUUGCCAUUUGAGGCCCCUCCCACCUUUUCCUUAAAGGUGCGUCCACAUGUACGCACUGGCCGCAGUAGGUACACCUGUACAGUCAAAAAAAUCUGUCUUAUGUAGUAUAGUGGUUGCUGCAUCACUGAGAGCUCUUUCUACUAUUUUGUUUAAUAUAAUAUAAAAUAGAAACAUUGAAAGUGUACUGUAGUGUUGCAAUCACAAGAAUGACAUUGUUGAAUUUUUACCUCGCUGACGAAAGUGAGCAUUAUCUACUACGAUACAGCAGGUGUACCUAAUAAAGAGGCCAGUGAGUGUACAUAGCUAUAAAAACAACUCCGCCCAGCCACUGAAUCGUAACAAAAGGUGUAUUUUUAAGUGUAUACAUUUAAACUGGGCAGCUAGUAGGUCCUUCUUGUCCACUUGCACAGCACUGAUGCCUUCAGGCACGCUCGGACAAGCUAUACCGUAAUUUGUGAAAGAGAAGAAUGCCCUUUAGAUCACGCUUUUGCUGCCACAGCAAUUUUGAAUUAACAUUGUUGCGAUAUAUGAUUUUACAUGUUCUUGCACUUGGACUCUCACAUUGCAACAAUUUACAGCGAGGUAAAUAAUCACUGCACUUGACUGCAUCUAAACAGUAUUCUAUGUAGUUGAUUAAUGCCUUUCUAUUUCUAUUCCCUUGAACACGUACAGUACAGUAUAUGUACACAUACACACACGCAACAAGCUAGUAUUUAUAUGCACGCACACCAUUGUGAGCCGCGGUAGACUUUGUAAGUUAUCCUUGUCGCCAUUUGCCUCUUGUCAGUUUUACUCCAACACUCUUCGUGAAUCUGCAACGUCACGCCCAGACUCUUAAACUGGGCCUGAAGUUGAUCUUUUCUUUUCUACAGUAUAUACCUGUACACACUGUAUGCCACAUUAGUGCUGUGGGUCACUACUCGUGUGUCAAGUUCUGGAAGGUUCAUGAUGAUCCUUCAAAGCGUUAAUGUAACUCUACUUUAUUUCCUCAAAUUGUGGCAGACAGUUUACUCAACUACAGAAAGUACCAGGUGUUUUGGAGGCUGAUUGUUCUUUACGUAUCGAGGCCAAGCAUUAUAGUAUUGUAGCUGUAGUGUAAUUAUUCGAUCUGUCUCUUGCUGCACAGUUGUGAAACAAUGCUGGUAUGUAUUUUCCCAUAUUUGGGUGUUUUGAUUAUGCGAUUUUGUUACAUCCUGGAUAUUGUGGUUUCUCUGCUAUGAUGUCACGCUAUUAAGGCUAUAAUAGAAGUAAUUAUAGCUACCUAAUGGUUAUUUUUUCCCUGGGCUGGUGGCGUCUAGUUAAUGUGGGUCGUUUAUUCAAGUGGACAGUAUACCCUGAAAUCAGUUGAGGCUUGGUGUCUGCUAGAGUAAAGGCUGCUGCUUGAGGGAAUAUACUGUACAUGUACUGUGCAACUGAUUAAAGUCAGAUACUUAUUCAAGUGGACAUGGCGUCUAGUCGAGCGGAGGCCACUAUUUGAGGAAAUACUGUAGUUUGUGCUAAAACCUUUAAGUGGACUAUGUAAUGGAGAUUUGGGAACUACUAGAGCAGAGACCCUAAAUUGAGAAAUAUGUUAGCUUGUGUGUCUAUUCAAGCAGAGCCACUUAAAUGGACCAUGCAAUUAGUUGAGGAAUGGCGUCAACUAGAAUGGAGUUGACUUUUUGAGGAGAUAUAGUUUCUCCAUCUAUUUAAGAUUAGAUGUUUGUCAUAAAGCGGACAUGAGAUCUAGGCCUGGUGUCUACUAGAGCAGAGACCACUAUUUGAAGAAGUGUGGUUGUUCGUGGAUUAAUAUGAGGCGUUUAUUCAAGUGCCAAAUGUACUCGGAAAUUUAGACAUGGCAUCUGAUAGAGUAGAGGCCCUUAUAUGAGGAAAUACUGUAGCUUGUGCGUCUGUACAAGCAGAGCCAUUUAAGUGUCAAUGCAAUUAAUUGAGGAUCUGUUUGCAUCUGUUAAGGUCUGUUUAGGUCAUGUUUAUCAAGCAGACAGGAAAUCGAGGUAUGGUGUCUUAUAGAGCGUAGGCCUUUAUUUGAGGGAAUCCGGUUGUUUGUGCCUCCAUUUAAAAUGAACCCUUUAAGUGGACCAUGUAAUUGAGGUAUGGUGCCUAAUAGAGACCACUAUUUGAAGAAAUAUGAUAAUUUGUAGAUCAAUUUGAGGCUUUUAUCCAAGUGCAGAAUGCACCCAGAAAUUGAGACAUGGCAUCUAAUAGAGUAGAGUCCCUUUGAGAGCCAUUAAUUGAGGCAUGGCAUAACUACAAUAAGGCGACUGUUGGAGAAAUAGUGGUUUCUGCAUCUAUUUAGGGUCAGAUGUUUAUUAAGCGGACAUGAAGUCAAGGUAUGAUGUCUAUUAGAGAGAAGGGCUUUAUUUGAGGAAAUACGGAUGUUUGUGCCUCUAUUUAAAAUUAAGUCAGGCGUAUCCAAAGUGCAGCCUGCAGCUUGUUUUUUUAUUGGCCCGCGGCACAUUGGAUAAAUAAAAUUAAACCAAAAACCCCUGCUAAAAAUGGAAAAAAAUUUUUAACCUUUUUACAAUAUCAAAAAAUACAUACAAAUAUCAAAGUGGCCCACUGCAUCCUUUGAUUUUCAGUAUGCAGCCCUCAGUGGAAAAAGUUUGGACAUCCCUGCUUUAAGUGGACCAUGUAAUUCAGGUGUAUACUAGAGUAGAGACCACUAUUUGAGGAAAUGUACAGUAAUAGCUUCUGUGUCUACACAAGCAGAGCCAUCUAAUUGGACCGUGCAUUUAAGUGAGGCAUGAUGUCUACUAGAAUGGAGGCCGCUAUUCGAAGAAAUAUAACUUUGUGACACUCUGCGAUGUCUUGACCUUCUUAGAACUUGACACAACUGAAUUACAAAACGUCUGCAUAUGUUGCCUUACCUACCGCUGCUCCGUUCACCCCUAUCCCCGCACUCCCAAAUAAACACACUUCCAUGAGCCUGCCACAACUUAAGCAUGAAUAUGAAGACUGCAUCAUUAGCAAGCUGUAAUAAAAUGUGAAUGCCUUCUGUUUUGAACACAAUGUUACAAUGUUUCCUCUUCUGCAUACUGGAUGGUUCUAUUUGUUGUCAGUACUGUUUCAAUACUCACAGGUUACACUUGAAGGAGUUUAUUCCCAAAAUAUCACAUGAAGAAACUACACUUGUUUGAAGUGAAAUGAUCUUUGGAAUAGACUCUUCCAAUGGACUGUAUCUCUGCUAAGUUGUGGGUAGAAGUAUCUAGAAGUGGUGUUAGGCUGCUAUUGUCUUUUUUUUCCGCAUAAAGGGUUAGCACAACUCAACUUAGUGGCCUAUCUUUGACCAAAUAGGGCUUGUGAUUUUUUUUUAUUUUUUAUUAGCCACAUUUUCCAAUGUUUUUAAACAUUGUUGUAUAAUUUCCAGUGCUAUAUUUAGCACCACUAGGAAGGAUCCUUGUUUAAUGCAUUGAAAGUUGUGCUUUUUAAUCCUUUUUUGUUCCUCCUAUAUGUAUUGAAUUACAAUAUUUUGGACAUAUGCAUAAUUGUGUUAAUGUGAUGCAAUUCAGUAUGACUAGAAGUCAGUUUUUAUUACUUGUACGAAUUAUGUACAUUGUAUUAGUGCCAGGGAGGGUGACAUUGUAAUGUAUCUUUCUGAAGCAUGUUUUACAAACCCUUAUUGUACAGAUUAUAUAUUCACUGUCAUGUGUUAUUUGUUAGGCUCCUUGUUGCUUUACGUCUGUGUUUUAUUUUACAAGGCUUUAAAUUAAAAAGCUGUUAAGAA